GUAGACUGAGUUGUUAUAAGCCUGUUGGAAAGACGGAGGGGACUGAAACAAAGUCAGUUUUGCAAUGCGCGGACUGACAACAGUAACAUUCGCUCUCCUCGGCCUCGCUGCUGCUAUCCCCGAACCGCAGCGUCGCAAGUCUCUCUCUUUUGGUCCUGUUCUUCCUCAUGCACGCUUCGAUAGUAGUGCUCACCAGCCUGCCCCCGAUUCACUCUUCUCUACUCAAGACAGAGUGCGGGUAGACCCCUACGAGGUAGCCAAGUCGUUCCUUGACUCUGUCGUAGACCUCGAUGCCGGUGUGAGCUAUGUCAUCCGCAGUGAUAGCUACACGGAUCGCGCUACCGGCGUGACCCACGUUUAUGCACGCCAGGUCAUUCAAGGUGUCCAAGUGGCCGAUGGUAAUAUGAAUUUGAACAUCAAGGACGGCGUCGUCUUGAGUCACGGUGAUUCGUUUUACCCCGGCCCGGCCCCGGCAUCACACACCCGUGGUGCCCACCCCCACGCACAAUACUGCGCCCAACUCGACUCUGCUCGUUCCCCCCGAUCAGGCCAGAUACCCAUUGACGGUGCACACCCAGAGCUAGAGCACAUCCACUCCUCCAACUGUGCAGCCCUCCCCAACCUCCAUUCCGUCCCAACUCCCUCCGUUAAUGACCACAUUCCGAGUCCACAGGAUGCACCCCGUGCUCUUCUUACUUUCCUUCUCGCAGCUGCCCCCUCCCCCGCUCUUGAACAGGAUAUCCAUACCCGUUUCGAUGAGCAUUUGGCGAGUAUGACCAUGGCUCACAUGUCCGGCCUCCUCCCUCAUGAGGCUGGGCAACUCACCAUCGCCGGUGCACCCGGAACCAUUGGUGACGUGAAGACCUCUGUCGUCUGGGUCCAGGUUCCUUCAGAAGAUGGCACCGUGCAUCUCGAGCUCGUACACCGCUUCGAAGUCGAGAUGGAGAACAACUGGUAUGAAACCACAGUCUCUGCAUCUCUCCCUCACCGCAUCGUGUCCGUCGUGGACUGGGCCAGUGACAGCCCCAUGCCUCUCUACUCCCCCGAAUCUCACCAUGAGGAUGCUCAGCUCCCUCCCCUCUCCUCAUUCGUCCCUGCGGGCUCCAACGCCGCCUCCUGCUCCACCUCCAAGAAGGUCGGUGGUCGCUUCAGGAAGGGCAAGGCCGUAGCAGAUCUCCGCAAGAGCAAGGCCGCCAAGGAGGCCGCCAAGUCGUUCAACGGCCCAGCCAUUCCUGACUUCCCCAAAGCAUAUUACAAUGUCUUCCCAUGGGGCACCAACGACCCUGUUGAGGCUGUGGAAAAGAAGGCGCUGAGGGAGGCAGGUGUGCUCCCCGAUUCGCUUCCCCUCUCCUACGGUCGCGACCACUCUCCCGAGCUGGGUGACAAACUCGCAAGUCCGGCAGGGUGGCACGCCCUGCCAUGGGGCGUAGAUCCCAGUAUUAGUGAGGAUGAAAAGGCUUCACUUCGCGCGCAAGGCGAGUUCUGGCGCUCGACAAACACAACGUGGGGCAACAACGUUUUUUCACACGAGAACUGGGAGGGCCGGAACUCAUGGAUAUAUAACCGCCGUCCCGAGGGAUCGCCCGUGGGUGACGAGAUAAGCGAGCUUCCAUCCGUCCACUACAACUACACCUACUCCCCGAGUCCAAAGGGCAACACAGAGGAGAACAUGGCGGACGCACAGGAUCACAUCGAUGCAACCGUGACACAGCUCUUCUACACGAGCAACAUGUUCCACGACUUGACCUACCGGUACGGCUUCACCGAAGAGGCUGGGAACUUCCAGCAGUACAACUUUGGACGUGGCGGUGAGGAAUCGGAUGCUGUGAUUACGAAUGCACAGGACGGCAGUGGGUUCAACAAUGCCAAUUUCAUGACGCCUCCCGAUGGGCAGAACGGUCGAUGCCGUAUGUACCUCUGGAACACGGCAAACCCUUACCGCGAUGGUGACAUGGAAGCUGGCAUCGUCAUCCACGAGCUUGCGCAUGGUCUCAGCACGCGCUUGACGGGUGGCCCCAAGAACAGUGGGUGCCUUGGCUGGGGUGAGGCCGGUGGUAUGGGAGAGGGUUGGGGUGACUUCCUCGCCACCACCAUCCGCAGCACUGCCACCUACCAGGACUACGCCAUGGGUGCAUGGGCUGCCAACCGCCCAGCGGGUAUCCGGAACUACGUGUACAGUCUUGACAAGUCGGUGAACCCGAGCACGUACAAGACCCUUGACAAGCCCGGAUACUGGGGUGUGCACGCAAUCGGCGAGGUUUGGGCACAGAUCCUGUGGGUCGUCGAGCAAGGUCUGAUCGAAAAGCACGGAUUCUCGGAAACCCUGUUCCCUCCCCCACACGACGCUAACUUCGCUGAAUACGGUGGUUUCUACCGCGCCGACAAGCCCUUCGUCCCGAAGCAUGGCAACACGCUAUUGGUACAGCUUGUAGUGAACGGGAUGAAGCUCCAGCCUUGCAGCCCAUCAUUCUUUGAUGCACGUGACGCGAUUGUGCAGGCUGAUCAGGUGCUUACGGGUGGGGAGAACUUCUGUGAACUCUGGUCGGGCUUUGCCUCGCGUGGGUUGGGCAUUGAUGCUACCGUUAAGGGGCGCACGCCAUGGGGUGGAGGUGUUAGGGAGGAUGGUUACAAAGUCCCAGCUGCAUGUCGCAGCGAGGACGAGCCGGAACCCUCACCUGAGCCAAUCCCCGAUGACCCAGAAGACGAUUGCGGUCCGUUUGGGUGCUGGUGGACCUGGUUGUGAUCGAUAAGGUCUUAAAUGUUCCGAACGUCAUUAUAUCCAUACAUACACGAUUGGAGACGCACGGCUAGAUGAUGGAGAUAUCCAGACUCUGGAUAGAAUAUAUCCGUAUCCUGCGCAGGUAAUCAUGCAUUAGUUUAAUUUUGGCUUGGGAUAUUUUGGUUGUGGUUGCGCAUAGUUGUUGUAUGAUAGUGAUACCUGUGUAUAGUUGAAUGAUAUAUCAUGCAUCGUAACAUGGCUGUGCGUGGAUGCGAUAUUCGGUAAAUCUUCACCCAUUUCACGUGAGAGAGGGGGAGCAGGGAGGUAGAGAGCAGAGAAUGGGGUAGGGGCGUGUUACCAUAUAACCCAGGCUCGGGGGCGCAAGGCAACGUCCAACACCAGCCUGAGGUACCGAGUAGUUAAAACGGGGACCUUAUACCCCUCAGUCAUUCGUAUCUCAGCUAUUUUAUAAUCCUAC